AUGAUCUGUUCGACAUUUCGCAGAGCGGUUACUGCAUCGCCGUUGCGGCAGGCCAUUCGGUCAAUUUCUACCUUGCAGUCAAAUCCUCAUAUUUAUGUAUUUCCCAAAUCCAGUAAUUCGCAUAUCCUCUCUCUUCUGCCUACCAACCCUCCCACCGAAAGCCUAUCUAUAGGUGUUACCACAAAAGUCCCUCCAACGACCGACUCCCUAACCGAAAACCCUAAAUUCCUUGCAAUUCUCAACGAAGUCAUGAAAGAACAUUCAGCACAGGACCCAAUAGUCCAAGGCCAAGCAGCAGCGUUUGCCUCGACCUCUGGAUCUGCUCUGGGCUCUGGUGGGAUGUUCUUCCCUCAGCAACGAAAGAAGAAGACACCUCGCGCUGGUGGUGGCGGUGGUAGUGGCGGCGACGGUGCUGGUGGAGCGAGUGCGCAAGGCGGUGCGGGCGGGGGUGGGCGAGGAGGAUGGUUACAUGUCAGUGAUAUGAGAGCGCCGCCAGACUAUGGGCGAAUUGCGUUUCCUGAGGACAUAUUUGGGAGUUUAGAGGUUGAUGGGACGGGACAAUUCGUCCAAGGUGAGGAUGGCAGUGUAGGGAAUUGGCAAAGCAGCGGGAGCUAUCGGAUUAUCACACGGGAAGGGAUAUUGGGAUUGAGCGACUACUUGAGGGAAAAGCUCAUUUCGAGAUUACGGGAAGAGGAAAAGAAGGGAGGUCUCUGA